CAAAACCCUAAACUAAACCCAACCGCCUUCUCCUCUCCUCUUAAACCCUAAAGCAUAUACUGAUAACCAACAGCACCCGGCAGUUGUAACUCUCUCUCCUGUGACUCUCUAUCAAUCAUGACCACGCUUCCACCACCACCAUCAUCUGGUGUUAGCCCCAAAACAGUGGAGAAAGCUGUGAAUGCUCUUCUAAAAUGGAGAUCUUCCACAUUGAAUACCCAAAAGCCUCAAUUACUCGAACAAGACGAGUUUUUCUACCUUAUUCUAACCCUCAAAAAGAUCCCACAAAAGGGUGUUAGCCGCAUCAACGCCCACAAAAUCCCUCUCCCCAACUCCUUGAUCAACCCUUUAAUUGAAGCCCCUGAGAUCUGCUUAAUCAUCGAUGACAGACCCAAGUCAGGCCUCAAUAAAGAUGCUGCCAAGAAGAAGAUUCAAAACGACAACUUACCCAUCUCCAAAAUCAUCAAGGUUUCCAAGCUCAAGACUGAUUACCGUCCUUUUGAGGCUAAGAGGAAACUCCGUGAUUCUUAUGAUAUGUUCUUUGCCGAUAAAAGGGUGGUUCCUCUCUUGCCUAAGAUGUUAGGGAAACAGUUUUUCAAGAAGAAGAAGAUUCCUGUGACUCUGGAUUUGAAGCACCACAACUGGAAGGAGCAGAUUGACAAGGCCUGUGGCUCUGCCUUGCUGUAUCUGAGAAGUGGUACUUGUAGCGUGGUGAAGGUAGGGAGGGUUUCCAUGAGUAGAGAGGAGAUUGCCAAAAAUGUGAUGGCUGCUAUUAAUGGGAUUGCUGAUAUUGUGCCUAGGAAGUGGGGUGGUGUUAGGUCUUUCCAUGUGAAGUUGCUUGAUAGCUUGGCUUUGCCUGUUUAUCAGGUAGUUCCUGAUUCGAAGUUGAAGAUUGAUGGUGGUCCCAAAGAGCAGGAGAAUGAUGAGGGUGUCGUCUCCGUGGAGGAAGAGAAGGCUAAAGAGGGGAGAGUUGGAAAAAAGAAGGGAAGGAUACAAGAGGUUAGAUAUAUGGAUAAUAACAAUAAUAAUAAUGAUAAUAAUGGGGAUGGUCAGGUUGUUGAUGAGGUUGAGUUGGGGAGUGAUGGUGAAGGGGAUAUAGAUAAUGAUGAUAAUGAUGAUUUUGAAAAGGUCAGUGAUGAACUGUUAAAGAAGAAGAGAAAGAAAGGAGAUAAUAAAGGGAAAGGUGAAAAGGAGCAGAAGGUAGCUAAGUUGAAGAAAGAAGAUGGUGUCAAGCAAAAGAAAGUGAAGAAUGAAGAUGGUAUCAAGCAGAAGAAGCUGAAGAAAGGUUCUUUGGUUUCAGAGAGUGGGGGAAUGCAAGUGAGGGGUGAGAAGAAGAAAAGAUUGGCUGCAUAAUGAUUCAAUGUUGCUUCCUGGACUUGGAGAGAAUCGGUGUAUGGUCUUUUAGCAGAAGCAUUUCCAUCAUGUCCACAACAAGCUACGGAAACUACAAACUAUUGAAUUGGAGGAAGAGGCUGUGGUGGAGGUAUGAGAGUUGGGGGCGAAGUUAUGGUUGAGCCUCAUAGACAUGAAGGAGCAUUCAUUGCUAAGGGUGAAGAAGAUGGUUCCUGGUGAGACUGCAUAAUCAGAAGAAAAUCUGUUCAGAAUGAAGAUGGAACUAAAACAGAGUACAGGGUCUGGAACCCCUUCCGAUAUAAAUUGGCAGCUUCCAUUCUUGGUGAUGUUGAUGAUGUUUGGAUUGAAAGUUUCAUUCACCAGAUUGCUCCCGGUUCUUCUGGAAGAAAACAGGGGCUCCCCAAUCCUUUCCCCAGCAAUAUAGAAAAAAACUGCCUUGGAGGCUGGAUUCUAAAUAGGUCGUGAUCAAUGUCUACACUCUUCACCUGUUUUAUUUUUGAAUCAAGAGACCUGGCGCUAAAGUUCUUUACCGAGGAGCUGCUUCUGGCUACUACUUUCUCUCGUGUCUGAUAUUAUUGGUCUGCUGGCCAUGUAUGGAUAAUAUAAUAAUCUUGUUUUUUUUAACCGAUUUUUUCUACUGAA